AUUGUAAUAUACAAUAUUUAUGCAUAUAAUUUUGCACAUAAACUAAUAACUACGUAUAUGUAUACAAAUAAAAAAUAAUAACAUAAAUAAUAAAUAAAUAAAUAUAUAUAAAUAAAAAAAUAUAUAGAAUACAUUUAGUUUCAUAUUAGAUAAGUUUUUCAGUAUUUUAAUUCAAAACACGUAUUUUGAAUUUAAUUUCAAAUAACAAUCUAUUUAAAUGUACUAAUUUAUUGAAAAUGUUUAAAAGAUUAAAAAAUAUUCAUAGUUUUCAAAGAAUUAAUUCCAAAUAUAUACUCAUAAAAAAAUAUAGUCAAAAGGUUUCAAAAUGUUAUCCAAAAAGAAUAUUUUCGGGAAUUCAGCCAACUGGAAAUUUACAUUUAGGAAAUUAUCUCGGUGCUAUACAAAAAUGGAUACAAUUCCAGGAUAAUGGAGAAAAUGUUAUUUGGAGCAUUGUGGAUAUGCAUGCUAUUACUUUAUCACAUGAUCCAAAAGAGUUAAAUGAUAAUAUAUUUAAAAUGACAGCAACAUUGUUAGCAUGUGGUAUUGAUCCAAAAAAGAGUAUAUUAUUUCAACAAUCUACUGUACCUAUGCAUACACAAUUGAGUUGGAUUUUGGGAUGUCUUUCAACUCAAGCACGAUUAGCUCGUCUACCUCAAUAUAGAGAAAAAAGUCAGACAUUAAAAGUCAUCCCUUUGAGUUUAUAUAUUUACCCUGUUUUACAAGCUGCUGAUAUAUUACUAUAUAAAGCAACACAUGUUCCAGUUGGACAAGAUCAAGUUCAACAUAUUCAAUUAGCACAAGAAUUAGCUAUUAAAUUUAAUAAAAAAUUUGGAGAUACUUUUCCCAUACCUCAUUCUUUAGUUAAUGAAAAUGCAAGUCAACGUGUAAAAUCUCUUCGCGAUCCUUUAAAGAAAAUGUCAAAGUCUGAGAAAGAUUCAAAAAGUAGAUUAGAUUUAUUAGAUGAACCUGACGUAUUGCUGGAGAAGAUAAAAAAAGCUGUUACUGAUUGUACCUCGAAAGUAACUUAUGAACCAGAAACAAGACCUGGUGUUUCAAAUUUAGUUAUUAUUCAUUCAAUGCUUAGUGGAAAGUCUGAGGAUCAAAUAUGUUCUGAAGUAGAAGAAUUAGAUACUGGAAAAUAUAAAUUGAUGCUGGCAGAUUUUAUUAUAGAAAAAUUAACUCCAAUUCGUGAAGAAUAUUCAAAAUUAAUUAAAGAUCCAAUGUAUUUAGAAGAAAUUUUGAAGAAUGGUACAGAAAAAGCGAUCGAAAUAGCUAAUGAUUGUUGGUAUGAUGUUAGGAAUAAAAUUGGUUUUGAAAAUGAUAUUUUCUGUAUUAAUGAAUCGGUACAAAAUAUAAUAAACAAAAUAUAAUAUAAAAAA